GGCGUCGUUCGGGCAGCAUUCCAGUCGCGGUUUUUGGAGCGGCUCGGGGAGGCGGCACAUUCCUGCGUAGGCGCGGUGGACUUUCCCGAACUGGACGUUGUUCCGUGUGGGCUGGAAAAAAAGGCGUUUAAAGUCAGUGGGAGCUAAUGAAGCUGCUGGUGGGCCACGGCAGCUGUUAGCCGCUGUCAGCAGGUGCAGAGCUGAGGGAGGGGAAAAUGGCCCGGGAAAAGAAAUCUGAACCUGUACCUGCUCGUCUUCAGGGAGUGUGACAGGCUGAUUGGAGUUUGAUUUCAGUGUUUUUGGCCAUGGCCGGCUGCGGGCGGUGGUGCUACAGCACCUGCGUGUGCUGUCUGUCCGAGGAGGAGAAGAACACCAUUGCUGUGGACAAAGAGAUCAAGAGGAUCCUGAAGCAACAGAAGAAGAAGGAGAGGAGGGAGAUUAAAAUCCUUUUGCUGGGGACUGGGGAGAGUGGAAAAACCACCUUCAUCCGACAGAUGAGGAUCAUUCACGGACGAGGCUACUCAGAGGAGGAGAGGAAGGCUUUCGCCAAAUGCAUCUACCAGAAUAUCUUAACUGCCAUGACUGCAAUGACAGGAGCGAUGGCCACGCUCAGAAUUCCCUACUCCAACCCACAGAACGAGAUUUACGCCAAGAGGCUGGAGGACGUAAGCAUAGUACAGGUCACCCAACUGGAACGGGGCCAUGUUGACGCAAUCCGCCGCCUCUGGGCAGACUCGGGAAUACGUGCCUGUUACAGCCGCCGCUGCGAGUACCAACUCCUGGACUCUACAGAGUACUACAUGAAUAAUCUGGACCGCAUCACCUCCCAGGACUACAUCCCCACGGAACAGGACGUGCUGAGAGUUCGAUUCCCCACCACGGGCAUCCACGACUACUCCUUUACCGUCAAUACCAUCACACUAAGGAUUGUGGACGUUGGCGGUCAGAAGUCGGAGCGACGGAAGUGGAUCCACUGCUUUGAAAACGUCACCUCCCUCAUCUUCCUUGCGUCGCUCAGCGAGUAUGACCAAGUCCUGGAGGAGAAAGACACGACUAACCGCAUGCAAGAGAGUCUGGCUCUGUUCUACACCACCAUUCACUCCCAGUGGUUCCUCAACACCUCCAUCAUCCUCUUCCUCAACAAGACUGACAUCCUGACUGAUAAAAUGAAAACAUCAGACCUGCAGAAAUACUUCCCCGGUUUCACAGGCAGGAAACAUGACCCCGAAGACGCUAUGAAGUUCAUCCGCAAGAUGUACGAGCAGCAGGCCGUCACCCACAACAACCGGGAGAUGUGGAAGACUCUGUACCCCCACUUCACCUGUGCCACAGAUACCAACAACAUCCGCAGGGUCUUCAGCGACGUGAAGGACACCGUGCUGCUCAAGUCUCUAAGGGACUAUGGGAUCAUCUGAACUUUUACCAGGCAAUGAAAGCCAGGAGGAAAGAUGGUUCGUGUCUCUUUGUGGACAUUUUACUUGUAUGAGUGAAAGCCAAAAUGGGAUUUCUCUUUUCCACAUAAAAUUCCUUCUAAAUUGCAGAAGUCAGAACAUCAGGCUUAAUAUUUUUGUGCCCCUCGUCCUCCUCUCAUUCUUCAUUUUAAUUAAGGCGCAAGUGGAGAUUGAAAGCACUUUCCUUUCAUCACCACGACUAUCACAACUUUACUCUCAUCCCCUUCUUCUGUUCAGGAAGUAUUUGAAACACAUGACGAGGAGCCAGUAAACUCUCUCGUUUCUCUCAGCUUGCAGCUUUUUUGCCCAAUUUGAUGUUUCUUUUUUUAAGAUGAAGAGGCGUUCGGGUCAUGCCGCGACUGAAUUGAUCCAUAAUUGAAGCGGGAGCAGAGAUGCUAUGAAGUGCUGUGCCGCCAUUAACAGAGUAAUGACUUUUACAAGUGGAGAUGGGGCCACACACGAAUGCAACACCACUGUCACACAUUUUAAGGGCUUUAUGUGUAUCUUCCAGUCCCAUUCAGGCACCGUAGAAGCCAAUGCACACUCCAACGCAAACUGUAAACACAAAGCGUUACUGUUAUGAGCUGUAUGGGCAAUAUGAGUUACGAACUACUGCACUCUUUUUUUUAUUAGAUGCCCUGAAUGUGGGCGAUUGUUGUCACAGCGCUGUCCUCGAUUGUUUCUGAAAAACAUCCGCCGGCGUGCCAAAAUCCCUAUUGAUUACAGUUAUCUUUCACUGCCAGUAUUUCUUUCAUGUUAUCUGUAUUCAACACAUCUGUUCAGCACAGUUGCCAUCAAAUCUGCAACUGCCACCUGUUGAGUCAGCCGUGACAGCAGUAUAGACUUACUUUUGACUUUAGUGGCCGUAAGUUGCUCUUAAAUGGUAAAUGGUCUGUAUUUGUAUAGCGCUUUACUUGGUCCUAAGGACCCCAAAGCGCUUUACACUACACACAAUCAUCCACCCAUUCACACACUGGUGAUGGCAAGCUACAUGUAGCCACAGCCGCCCUGGGGCGCACUGACAGAGGCGAGGCUGCCGGACACUCCUCUGACCAGCACCAGUGGGCAACGGGUGAAGUGUCUCGCCCAAGGACACAACGACCGAGACUGUCGGAGCCGGGGCUCGAACCGGCAACCUUCCGAUUACAAGACGGACGCCCAACUCUUGAGCCACGAUCGCCCCAUCAUUUAAAUCAUUAAAUGACAUAAAUGUGGAAAGAAACUACAGACUAUAUGUUGGAGUGAAUCUGGACUGAAGUAAAAAUUGUAUAAACUGUAUAAACUCCAAAAACCAGAUGAAGGAAAGUUUAAAAGUAUUGAGGUUUGUUUAGAUUCACUUUUUUCAGUUUUUUUAACUUCUCAUCUUCUCUUUUAACUAACAAACUUGCAGUUUUUUAGUCAAACACUAAUUAAAGUGUUUUCUGUAAAGCAGCUUCGCGUUGGGAAUCCAUCUGUCAGAGACUCUAAAUCCUGACUGGCUCCUAUUGUGCUCUUAUGAUGUAAAAAUAGCCAACUGUUUGCUUAAUAUUAUGGCCAGAGCGUCCAAAAAAUCUGCUAAAGCUGGUUUAGGUACUUAAAGAGGACAUUUUGGACUUUGUGAUUCAAAAAUGCUCCCUCACAAGCUUCGUCGUGCCACUGGCAACAAAUUACCUCUACUUGCUGUCGAAUUGUUCAGACAAGGCCACAGACAUCCAUCGUUUCUGUGGUUUUUGUUCACUGGGCUUUUGGCAGAUGAAUGUAUUUAAGGAGUUAACAUUUUGCGCAAAGAACAGGAUGCGAAAUGCUAUUGUUGUUUUAGCCUCCAGAGCUGCCAGCUGCUGGAAGCUGGCCAGCAAAACAGAGUGGGCUCACUGAGAGGAGGAGCGCUCCAGAGUAAAGACAAAGACCUGAAAAAUAAAUGUCACGUCCCAUGUGAAUGUGUAUCGUUCGUUUUUUUUUUCAAAAACACAGCAGGAGAUAGCUCUCUUAGCUUGACUUUUAAAUGUCCAGUUCGCAUAUGGUAAGCUAGAGAAAAGCAGGUUUCUGUACUUGAAGUUGUAAAACACCAGUUUCUUCCAACUCUGCUCAAUAUUUCUGUCAACUCCAAACACAAUUCAUGCUCUGUGUUAAAAUCAUCACCACUCAGAGAGUUGAUUGUUUUGUGAACUUAUUUUAUAAAGUUAAAGAUGGUAAAAGGUAAAAAUAAAUAAAUGAAUAAACUCAGCAGGUGAUGCCUCAUUUUGACAAAACUGUGUGUCAGUGCAAGUCAGCUGGAACCACAUUAAGUCCUUUGUUGGCUUUUAUGUAUUAGCAAAACAACUCUCUGUUUUUACAUUUUUGCCUUGUAUAUUUUGAAAAAUUUGGAUUUGGGAGAAACUAAAAAAAUAUUCAGUAAUUUCACUACAUUAACAGUCAAUUUAUACAAUUUAUAUAAUUUGCAUAAUUAAAAAAUAAAGUAUUUUAUCCAAGCUGGUAAUUCUUGUCUUUGGAGAUACUUAAUUCUUAUAAUAUGUAAUGGUUAUUGUGAUAGCAUGUUGUGGAAACACGAUUAUUGUGUUUCCACAACAUCGUUGUAAUCCAAACAGCCGUCCGAAGAAGUUUAUCCAACAUGCAAGUGCUUUAAACUGCAGUUUCUCUAACAGCCACUUGAGGCUCUAAAAGCGAGUAAAUGGUAAUAAACCCGACCAAAAUAGGAUCCAUUUGAAGUCCAGAAACCAAUGGAUGACUUCACUACGUCCUUCUUUUAUCUACAGUCUGUGAGAAUUACUGACACCAAACAAAGCCGCGUGGAAAAGAAUAUUAAACCAACCGUUUAUGAUAUUAAUCGUGUGUUUGAGUUCUGCUCUGUGUGCCUCAUUUUAUGACGAGUGGAAAAUGCCCGUGACCUUAAUGACUUUGAAGCUAAUAUCAGCUCACAGUGGUGGUUCCAGCUGCUUUUUUGUUGACUGUAUAUAAAGUGUUUUGAUCUUGACUCUGCUACAUUUUUCAGAUGUGGCAGCUAUAUUUUUACAUCUUUGAUGAUGCCCUCAAAGAAAAGUAAUUCUACUGUACAUGAUAACGUCCGUGUUACUGCUGUAUUUUUUUUAAACAUUGUUGACCAACAGGAUGUAAACUGUGUGUUUGAGCUACUGUGUGUGGUAGGUAACUAUUUUUCAGAAUUGUGAAACCUCUAAUUUGGUGACAGUGAAUUAUUUUAUGUAGAAUCUGGUGGAGGAAGUGGACUUUUUUUUAUAGUUAAUAUUAAAAAACCUCUAAACACACAUUCCUGUUCUUCCUUCUUUCUUUGUGUCACUAUUCACUGUGCAGCAGGCAGGUUUUGCACCCAGUAAUAGAGAUCGGUGGAUCUAAAUAUCGAUAGAAUGGAUACCAAUGAUGAUAUUGGUUUCAAAUUGAUACUAGCGCAAUAGAAACAAAGUAUCAACCCUAGGAAACAGGGUUUAAAUACACACAUUAGGGAAAGCAGACACAGCUGGGGGGAAAUGAGACAGCUGAACAGAAUACUAAUGAGACAC